CGGUAUGAGCUGCAGCCAUUUGGUUUGUAGCUUGUUAGCUUUUCUGGCUUUUGUUACUAGUCUCUGGUGUGGUUUCGUGUUCGACGACAGCGCUGCAAUAAUAAAGAACUACGAUCUGAGAAGCUCAAGUGCCUGGACUGAUCUGUUUUUCAAUGAUUUUUGGGGAACAGCAAUGAAAAGCGAGAGGAGCCACAAAUCGUAUCGACCACUGACAGUGCUGACUUUUCGUCUGAAUUACUGGUUGCACGAACUGGAACCUUUCGGCUACCAUUUUGCAAAUGCAUUGCUCCACUCUUUUGCAACAUGGGCUUUUUUUCAUUUCCUGGUGGCAUCGAAAGAUCUCAGAAAUAACCAUGCACAGAAAGGAAGAGAGAAGUUAGCUGGUCAACUAUGGUUUGAGGAGUCCGUUGCAGUCACAGCCGCGCUUUUGUUCGCAGUUCAUCCGGUCCAUGUUGAAGCGGUUGCUGGUGUGGUAGGCAGAGCAGAAAUGCUGGCUUUCAUCUCCUCACUAUCCGCCCUUCAUUUUUAUACAGUAUACGCCCUCUCAUCUCAUCAGAAACACAUCAUAAAAGAGUUUGAUGUGAAAACAGAUAAGGAAAAACUUACUGCCACGGGAAAUUUAAGAGAGCAGUGUUGUGCACUAGUGGCUUUUGUGGUGUCUCUGAGCUGUGGCAUGCUGUGCAAGGAGACAGGCAUCACAGUUGUGGCUGUAUGUUCAGUUCUCGAUCUCUACUUCGUCUGUCAGAAAAGCGCUUGGGAGCUGUUAGAUGAACUGAUGCCUCUAGUAGUGUACAGAGAGAACAUCGGAGAUCCAGGAAGAGAAAAAGAAAAGAUCCCGGAUAGUCACUUCAAUGCCAAUCCGACUAGUAUAGGCACACGCACACAAAAACGUUUGGCUGAAGUUUCCAGAAGUGGACAAGGACGCAGAGGAAGUACUUUAAUAGGCGGUGUAGGAGGGUGGGUUUGGGCCCUUAUUGGAAGACAGGUUCUACUGGCUCUCAUUCUGCUAUCUCUCCUUCUCCUCAGGUUGUUUCUGGUCCAAGGGGGAGAGCUGCCAACUUUCACUGCGUUUGACAACCCAGCCGCAAUGUCUCCGUCCCCUACUAGGGAGUUGAGUCUGCACUACUUACUACCUGUGAACUGCUGGUUGCUACUAUGUCCCUGGUGGCUGUGUUGCGACUGGUCCAUGGGCACCAUUCCUCUCAUUGACUCCCCACUGGACCCAAGGAACGGCUGCACUCUUCUGUUCUGGGUUGCGUUCGUCCUCGUGUGCAGACGCUGCUUCUCGCCUUCCUUCUCAACUUCUGUGCCUAACUCUCGACAUCGCACGCUUCUCUCGGCUCAGACUGCACUCGCCGUGGCACUAACUGUGUUUCCCUUUGUGCCUGCGAGUAAUCUCCUGUUCCCAGUUGGGUUUGUAGUGGCCGAAAGAGUGUUAUAUUCACCCAGUGCCGGAUUUUGUCUGCUGGUGGCAUUAGGAUUUAGACAGCUUCUCAGACAUGUCCAAAAUAGCGCAUUUUUAUCAUCUUCAUCAUCGAAUAAUGCUUCUUCUGUAAAUUAUCCGACUGUCUAUGUCAGCAAAUGGUGGUCUAGAUUUGUGUACGGGGGUCUACUGCUACUCUUGUGUUCUUUCUUUGCAAAAACUGCGAUAAGGAACCACGACUGGCUGUCGUUUAGGGAAGACGAGUUCUCUUUGUUCAUCUCAGCUGUGAAGAGGAAUAAGGUGAAUGCCAAGUGCUGGAACAAUGUGGGACACUCUCUGGAGAAAGACGCCAGUGGAAAAGACGAUAAAGGGAGGCAUAGACUGUGGCAGGCGCUUUCAUUCUUCCACCAAGCAGCACUAGUGCAGCCCGAUGACGUGGGAGCCAUCAUCAAUGUGGCGAGGACUCUUCGGAGUCUGAACGAGACAACGGAGGCUGAGAAAUGGUUCUACCACGCAAUAGACUUCAUACCCACCAAACAGAACAUACCUGACCCAACUGUGGAUAAAAGAAAUGGCCCCUCGGCUACGAGAAUGAACCCCAACUACCUUUACGCAUUCAUCAGUCUAGCCAAUAUGAUCAAGGAGGAUCCCAAGAGGAUAGAAGAGGCUGACAAGUUGUAUCAGCGUGCGUAUACUAUGCGUUUCGACCAAGUAGACGCUUACACAAACCGGGGCGAAUUGCUCAUCCGGCAAAACAGGACUCUGGAAGCUCGCGAGAUGUUCUUGAAGGCCCGUCAGUUCGAUGAGAAAAGUGCAGACAUUUGGUAUAAUCUUGGAGUGACGUAUUUGUUGGAGGGUCAGCUUGCAGAUGCGUUUCCUCUCUUUUCCAGGGCAGUGAAUCUGGACCCCACCCAUAUGAGGGCCAAGUUCAACCUGGCAGCACUGCUUGUAGAUUUGCCGCAACCGGAAACUGUCCAGAAAGACGCCAAUCAUAAUCGGGCUGUUCAUCUACUGGAACAGCUGUGGACGGAGGGGGAAGGGAGUGACCCUAAAGUGGCUACCAAGCUAGCCACAUUCUACAUAGAGCAGCGCCACGACAAGAUACAGGCUGUCAAGUGGUACAAGAGGGCCACAGAGCUGAGUCCUGGAGACCAGGCGGGCGUGUUCAACUUGGCAUUGGUGUUGACUGAACUUGGCGAACACACAGACGCACUUCACUAUGUUGAGCAUGCAUUACAGCUGAACUCAGACUACGUGAAGGCAUGGGCGCUGAAGGGCGACGUAUUGACUAAACUUGGUAACAGACAAGAGGCCAAUCAGGCGUUUGAGAAGGCACUGCAACUAAAUCCCUCCCAUCUGGUCUCUGCGCACCAUCUAUGUGUGAACAAAUUCAACUUACACCAGCCUCUAGUGCCGAGGGAGGUGCUGGAUUGUUUCGAGAAGUACCUCCCAUUGGCUCCUCCUACCCACGACAUGAACAAGCACUACCAGUGGAUCCUAUCUCAGAUCAAACCAGUGUCGGAUACAAGCUAACAGCAAAGAAAAUUGGGAAGAAACCCUCAAACGAUUCUAAACUUAGCAUUAAAAGCAAACUUAGAAAUAGAGCGAUUGGAAGAUAGACUCGUAGGAUUCACUUUCAAUGCAGCAGUUAAGUCGUGUGACAUCAGCGAAAUGAAAUGAUUGUUUCAUUUUUUAUAUCAAAUAAUUCUGCUCUCAAUAGAAUAAUCUGUCAUUAUUCAUCUGCCAGUCAAAAAGUUUUCGAUGUACAGUAAUUACCUUUAGAAAUGGUUAUGUAUAUUUUGUGAUUAAAUGCCAAUCGAAUGGUGCAAUCUGAAUAAUUUUGUAUAAACUCCUUAAGAAACGGUUUCGCAUAUAUUGAAUAAAUUGUUUUUAUCGAAUUGAAACAGAUUAUUUUCGUA